AUAUCUUUCCAUUUUCGUCUCCUUUCAACAGGAAGCAAUCGCGCUCAUGUUCUCUCUCUCUCUCUCUCUUGGCCUCUCUUCAACUUCGAUCUUCUCUUCUCACACUUGGAACUACGUCGCUUGAUUUCAUCCCCGAUCAGUGAAUGUUGAAUAACAUGGAAAAUGAAAGAAGGAAUAGUAAUAAAAAUGGGGAUUCAAGAAUGCGAGGAUUUAGGCCUAGUUUGAGAGCAAUGAUGCUUGUGGUUGCGGUGCUAUGGGUUGGUGUAGCUGCUUUGUAUGGUUUAUUGAAGCCUCUAUCAAAUGGUUGUAUUAUGACGUAUAUGUAUCCCACUUAUAUCCCAAUUUCCACCUCGGGAGGCAUGUUGUCUGCGAAGUACGGGUUGUAUUUGUACCAUGAAGGUUGGAAAAAGAUUGACUUUAAGGAACACUUAAAGAAGCUCAAUGGAAUUCCCGUUCUUUUUAUUCCGGGCAAUGGUGGUAGCUACAAACAGGUGCGGUCCUUGGCAGGUGAAUCUGAUCGAGCUUAUCGAGGAGGUCCACUUGAACGUUCAUUCUAUAGAGAAGCUCAUCCAGCUUCUGAGGAGGGAGAUAAUGUGGUUGUGGCUGACUUUAAAUUACCCAAUCAAUAUGCUAACAGGAUAGAUUGGUUUGCUGUGGAUCUUGAGGGCGAACAUUCAGCAAUGGAUGGUCGGAUACUUGAAGAGCACACUGAAUAUGUAGUAUAUGCUAUUCAUAGGAUUUUGGAUCAAUACAAAGAAUCCCGUCAUGCCCGGGAAAGCGAAGGUGCUGCAACAACUGGUAGUUUGCCAAAAAGUGUCAUAUUGGUUGGACACUCUAUGGGUGGUUUUGUUGCUAGAGCUGCAACGAUCCACCCCCGUCUGAGGAAAUCAGCUGUUGAGACUAUUCUAACUCUUUCAAGCCCCCACCAAUCACCUCCUGUGGCGUUGCAACCAUCCCUUGGUCACUAUUAUGAAAGUAUAAAUCAAGAAUGGAGAAAGGGGUAUGAGGUUCAAACCACUCGGACAGGGCAUUAUGUGUCUGACUCAAAACUAUCUCAUGUAGUUGUUGUUUCCAUUUCUGGUGGUUAUAAUGAUUAUCAGGUACGCACAAAAUUAGAAUCCCUUGAUGGCAUUGUGCCUUCCAGUCAUGGAUUUAUGAUAAGCAGUACAAGCAUGAAAAAUGUGUGGCUGUCGAUGGAACAUCAAGCUAUUUUGUGGUGUAAUCAAAUAGUUGUGCAAGUGUCGCAUACUCUCCUUAGUUUGGUAGACUCCAGAUCAGGUCAGCCUUUUCCUGACACUCAAAAAAGACUUGCCAUAUUCACAAAGAUGCUUUGUAGUGGAAUACCGCAAAGUUUCAAUUGGAAGAUGCAAUCUCAGUCAUCCUGGUCGACUCGGAUUCCUAUUAAGGAUGUAAAAGACACUGAUGUUUCACAAGUGCAUACCUCAUCUGUCUGUCCUAGCAGUGUUCAUUGGAGUGAUGAUGUCCUUGAGAGGGAUUUGUAUAUUAAGACAACAACUGUCACCGUUUUGGCCAUGGAUGGGAGAAGGCGGUGGUUGGAUAUACAGAAACUGGGGUCAAAUGGAAAAAGCCACUUCAUAUUUGUGACAAACCUUGCUCCUUGCUCUGGAGUCCGAGUUCAUCUAUGGCCCCAAAAAGGAAGAUCCUCUUCAGACAUGCCUGCUGGUAAAAGGGUUCUGGAAGUGACAUCAAAGAUGGUGCAAAUUCCUGCAGGACCAGCACCACAGCAGAUUGAGCCUGGCAGUCAGACUGAGCAAGCACCUCCAUCUGCUGUACUUCAUUUGGGUCCUGAGGAAAUGCAUGGCUUCAGAUUCCUGACUAUCUCAGUUGCACCUCGUCCGACUAUUUCAGGCAGGCCUCCACCAGCUACUUCCAUGGCAGUUGGGCAGUUCUUUAAUCCGGAUGAAGGGGAGAUAGAAUUCUCUCCUGUAUCAAUGCUUUUAUCGACACAUUCCCAUAAGGAUAUCUUUUUGAAGGAAGACCACCCCCUUGCUUUCAAUCUGUCAUUUGCAAUUAGUUUAGGCCUUUUGCCUGUUACUUUCUCUUUGAAAACCGCAGGCUGUGGAAUAAAAGAUUCUGGGCUUCUUGAUGAAGCUGGAGAUUCUGAAAAAACUAAGCUUUGCAAACUGCGCUGUUUCCCACCUGUAGCACUUGCUUGGGAUCCUACAUCAGGUCUCCAUAUAUUUCCUAAUUUGUAUAGUGAGACUCUUGUCGUUGAUUCCUCCCCUGCACUUUGUACUUCUACUGGGACAGAGAAAACCAUUGUUCUUUUACUGUUUGACCCACAUUGCUCAUAUAAGGCAAGCAUAGCUGUUUCUGGAACUACAGCUGCUAGCAGAUUUUUGCUUCUAUAUUGUUCACAGAUAGUUGGCUUCUCUGUGGCUGUUAUAUUUUUUGCUCUGAUGCGACAAGCACAUGCAAGGCCAAUUCCUUCUAUACUGAAAGCUGUGGAGUCCAACUUAAGAAUACCAUUCCCAUUUUUGCCUUUUGCUGUUGUACCCAUUUUGUUGUCUUUGUUCUUUUCCUUUCUAACAUCUCAAUCGUUUCCUCCAUUCUCUAGCUUCACCAUUGUGUCAAUAAUUUGCUACAUAUUGGCAAAUGGGUUUGUAAUUCUACUGAUAUUGGUAUCCCAGUUGGUCUUCUAUGUGGUUGCGUAUUUACAUGUAUUCAUAAAAAGGAGGUGGCAACUAUGGGAAGGAAAUUUCGGCUUUUUGUUUCUUCAGUGGUUUAUGAAUCUCUCUUCCAGGUUCUAUUCAUUAAAGGUGGUAAGGGUUCUAAGAGCCAAUCCAUUAUUUGUUCCAAUAUCAACGGCAAUUGUUUUGUCUACAUUUGUACAUCCAGCACUUGGCCUAUUCGUACUGCUCUUGUCUCAUGCGAUGUGUUGUCAUAGUUCGCUGUGCAAUUCUUUGACAGCCUCAUUUCGCAGCCAUGCACGAAAAAAGGAAUCUGAUUACAAAACUGAAGGCAAUUAUUUGUCUCAGCAAUUUACAUCCAAACCUGGUUCCCCUUCAAAAGAAAACAGCUCUAGUUAUGGUCAGACACAAGAAGAUAUUUUCCACCAUCGGCAUGGCUUACUGGUGCUGCAUCUUCUUGCUGCACUAAUGUUUGUUCCCUCUCUGGUGUCAUGGUUGCAGAGAAUAGGGAUGCAUCAGAGCUUCCCAAGGUUCCUGGAUUCGUUCCUUUGCAUUUUUUUGAUUCUUCAUGGUAUCUUUAGUUCGGAGUCAUUGUUAAAUUCCUCAUUGCCCUUGCCACACUUCUUGGGUCAGGAAGUAAGAUUGAGUUUCAUCUAUCUAAUUGCCGGAAUUUAUUCCUAUCUCUCUGGUCUGUCUCUGGCUCCGUAUAAAGUGUUCUAUGCCAUGGGUGCUGUUGGGAUCAUUUCCUUUGCAUUGAGUAUCUUACAGUUAUGGACAGGAGCACCUCGCUUUGGAAGACGACGGCAUUGGCACAGACACUAGAAGAGAAGUACAUUUGAAAAUUUACAAACCAGCCACAAGAUAGACUGCAAGUCAGAAUUGGAGUUAAAGGUUCGUCCAAACCCCCAUCUUUUUUUCACUUGAGCUUUGGGAGAAGGCGAAAAAUAGGAACUUUUUGUUGUGAUAUUAAAACGGCAGGGCCCCUUUUUUGUGGCUGUGCCAUUGUUGAUUCUAAAAGCAUUUUGUUUCGAGGCCAGUCUAAUCAUGCAGUUUUGCUUUUCAAUUGGAAUGAAAGGGGAGAUUUGAACAAAGAGGGACUUGAUAUGUUCAGGGUGUUGGGAUUAGUUCUUGUAUGAACCAGAGAAGGGAAAUUUGCGAGCAUUGGGAUCAUAUUUAUGUUAUUAUUUGAGGUUAUUAGAAUUUGAACUUUGAUUAUUAAAAUUAAGAGUAACAUUUUAUCUGCGACCAUCGGCUUGGGGAUCAAAUUUUAAACU